AUGGAGAGAAAUGGCCGGAUUGAGCUUUCGGUGGUGGUUCUUAAGAGCGGAGAGGGAAGGCAAAGGUGCGGCGGGCAGAUCCGGAGUCAUACUCCGAUGUUUAUAACCAACACCCGACCUGAAAUUGUGCAACGGUGGUGGACGGUGGAGGAGACGGAGGAGUCCAAGGAGGUGGCUUGGAUUGUGAAGAAGAGAAUUGAAAUUCUUCGGUUUCUAGCCGAUAAUAGAUCUGAACCACAAGGGCCCGUACUUGACACAGAAAUCUUGUUCUUAGAGAGAACAAAACAGAUCCAAAUCUGA